AUGCCGACGGGGACCGUCUCGAAUUGGAACUUUCCGAAGCCUGGCAGGCGCAACUCGGAAGGCUUCGGCUUCGUCAAGGUUGACGGUGACAAGGACGGCGGCGGCGGUGAUUUGUUCCUCUACGCAGACAGUAUCAAGGAUCCGAAGCUACGGAGUGAGGCGAAGAUCUUUGGCCUCAAGAACCAUCAGCGAAUCAAGUUCGAUAUUGAGGCACCGAAAGACAGAGACAGACGAUGA